UUAAACGUCAACAUGUAAACAUUUCCGGGUUGUAGCGUACAGUUUGGAAUAGACUCAUGUUGUGUUUUCGGACCACCGCGGUGCUCGUCAGACAGCUGGCCGGGCUGCACUACACUCACUCCGGCUACAGCAAUCUCCGGUCCAUCGCUGCAUAUGUCCAGGGUCAGAGCCCCGAACCACGGAUCCGAGAAUACUUCUACUACAUUGACCACCAAGGACAGUUGUUUCUGGAUGACACCAAAAUGAAGAAUUUUGUCACCUGUUUCAAAGACAAACAGUUCCUAGUCUUCUUCUUCAGUCGUCUCCGUGUAAACCAGAGCGGACGCUACGAGGAAGACUUCCCCUUCCUGUCGCUAUGUGGGAGAGAGAGGAACUUCCUGAGUUGUGACGAUCGACCGGUGGUCUUCACCCACAUGCUACAAGACUCCACCGGCAAGCAGGACAUGCUGUCAUUCUGCGGCGGUGCAGAGAAGCUGACUAUCCCCUUCCAACCUGAGGCGCUCUAUAUGCAUCCAGCCAACGGACGAGUUUACCAUCCCUGCUCAGAUAGAACCGGCAGCAUUGGGCUGGUGAGGUCUGCCCUGGCUAUCGAGCUCAGCCCUUUCUUCAUCCAUGCUUCAGACGGAAGUCAGGCAGGGCCACCCACACACUUCCUGUGGAAGAAACAGCAGUACAAACUAACCAAUGAGCUGGCAGGAAGCUUUCCCAAAGAAGAGGAUGACUGUGGAGCUGGACGGGACUAAUGUCCUCAGCAAAAAUGGGAAAUACGAAUGACGAGAUGACAGUGAAGUGACUUUUAUGGACUGACAGGUCAUCAGUCACCAAGGGAAACUGUGUGUAGGAUACAUAAUUUAUCAUUUCAAUCAUUUAUUUAACAUUGAAAAUCAAAUAUUGGACAUUUUUCUCAGUCAGGAACUCAUCAGCUGCCACUGACGGCAUUGACGUCAAAUCACGUGAAUGUUUCCACCCUUCUGCGGUGAAUUCAAAUUAAUUUGUCACCAGAAGACAUCCAAUCUAUUUGAACUGAGAGGUCUGGCAGUGAAUGAACGAAUGGAUCGCCGUCAAUAGCAGCCAGUGAGUUAAUUGGGCUAUCCCUUUUGAAGCCUGCACUGUUGACAAGCAAAUUAAACUUUAAAAUGUUACUGAAAGUUUCCCAUUUAUUUUCCAAGGCACACAUGGGCUCGGAAAUGUCAAAUGUUGCUUGUAUUGGCAUUCAACACAACUCGGCUAUUAGCAUCAAUGCCAGCGUUCCAUUAUAUAUAUACGGUGGUACCUCUACAUACGAAGUUAAUUCGUUCCAGGACCUUGUUUGAAAGUCGAAAUGGUCGUAUGUCAAGCAGGAUUUUCCCAUUAGAACACAUUAUAAUUCCAUUAAUUCAUCCCACAGCUAGAAAACCUACACCAAAUCCUUAAUAAAUACUGCUGUUACUAUUGCAAAUAGUAAUUACAAAGAGCAAAACAAAUGCAUUAUGAUAAAAAUCGGAAUUAUAAUAUAAUAAUUGUAAUAAUAAUACCUAUAAUAAUGUAACAAAUCGGGUUGUAAUGCGGCAGUCGUAUUUUGUGUGGUGUACCUGAACGCACCGCGGGGCUGACUGCAGAGUGAGAGUGCAGUUCAAAUAUUCCUUCACUUUUAAUGUUCUAUUGUUGCGGGUUGUUGGCUUGUUUUUUAGCACAAUUUCUGAAAUAAAUGAUUAAAAACCUGAUUAAUCUUGUGAUCUCUUUGGCGAUGGUUGUCACCUUUACUUAUAAAGACUGGCAAAUAUUGUCAAGCAGUUCACGGGCAUGCACCCCGCGCUCAUAUUUUUCCAUUGGUAAGCCUCACCUUUUUUCUUUGUUUCACCACCUGCUUUAACAUUCUUGGAACCCAUGUUGAUUUCUCUCACAAGAAAAUCCGCCGUGUGUGCGUCUUGCUGGAAAACAUUGAAAUUGCGGCACUGUCAUAAAUCGUCGUAUUUCGAGCAUUUCGUCGUAUGUAGAAACGGCUAGUAAAAUUUUACGUCGGAUGUCGAAAAGAUCGUGUCGAAGCGAUAGUAUGUCGAGUUACCACUGUAUUAGGUUUAUGCGAGUCAUUAAAUACCAUUAAAAGUCAUUAAAUGGAUUUUGUCCAAAUUCAGGCCUUAAUAAACAUUAAAUGUCCAAGGCAUUAAAAAUUAUGUAAACUGUACAGUUACAUUUUUUUACAUAAUUUAUUAGAUAUCCGAUAAAUAUAGGCCGAUAAAAGAUUUUAAAAUGAUAUCAGAUAAUAUCGACAUCGGUUUUGGGAAUCUAGAAGCCUUCUGUCUUUGUACAAGGGCUGGUUGUAGCUUAGCACAGCAGUUAUGCUUAUCGACCGUUAAAUGUCUUCAAACUAAGAUGCAUGGGAUUUGUUAUGUGAGCAGACCAUUUGCAUGCAUGGUGCGAAAAAAAUAAAUACAUAUUUGAGAAAUAAUGAAUUAUGAACUCCUAACAUACCUUGUUCGCUGUACUGAAGCUGUGUGCCUUUGUUGUUAUUUUGAGCCAGAAGCACAGCGUGAGCCAUAUGUGACAUGGCAGUGCCUUAUUGGCACUUCGAACUUGUACUUGAUCCUUACACUGAUGUUUGCAUUAUUUUGAUUUCAACAAUCAAAUGGUGCAAUAUAGGCACUUUUUUCCAUAACUUCAAUUGAAAUUGUUCUCCUAUUUUUCACAAAAUGUUUAUUGGAAAACAUUGACGUUGUUACAUUUAUCAUUAUUAAAGCAUCCUGUGGGGCAUCACAAAACCACUAGCCAAAAUAUGUUAAGUCCCCAACCGCAUAUGUCAGUAUCGGUUCGGAGUUGCACAAUAUCGGGAUAUCGGUUAAAAAGCCAUUAUCGGAACACUCCGCUUACAAUUUGUGAGUGUGAAACUUUCUGCAGUUGGGCAUGGGCAUUAAACUAGUUUAAAGUAGCAUUAAAAAGAAUUA